AUGGUGUUCACCGCUCGUUGCGUGUGCACGAAACACAGCACCUGGAGCCAUGGAAAUGUAUCGCCUGAUGCAUUACGAAUUGCAGAUCCUGAGGAGCUAAGGUUUUGCGAGGUCGAUAGUUCGAAGAACAAAGGCCGAAAAAGAAAGAUAUGUUUAGCUUGCCGUGGAAGACUUGCUGCCGAAAUAAAGUGCAUGCGACUCGAGGUACGUUUAUACUUCUGCAAUUGCCAUGUUUUGUUUUCUCAUGUUUCACACAUAUCUGUCGUUCGACAAGCUUGUAUCUGAUUUUUUCGCACACAUAAACUUACGUCUCUUAGGUUAGUUUAUGGAAUACGUGAUAAUUUUUUUUUACUUAUUUAUUUUAUCUGUUUGUUAUUUAGGAUCAACAAGCCAGUCAGUCCACCACGGAAGAUAUGUGCGAUGUACCAGUUGUCGGCGAAGGUGAAAUUGACAACACCGAAUAUUCACCAAGCAGUCUACCUUCGUUUUCCAGCUCCAAACAUGUGCGAGUUUUGGAACUGCCUUUACGACCGUACAAGGACGCGGAAAAAAGGACUCAGCAAGUUAUGAGGUCAAAGACCAUCGAGGUUGUUGAAGACUGUGCUAACAAAUUUGUGCAUUAUAACGCGAAAGACAUACCUGAAUUUGUGAACGAUUUGUUGAAUUGCAAAAAGUGGAAGUCCACAUUUGGAAGUUGCGACAACAAGGUUGACCAGGAGAGUAUCUUCCUCACUAACCUUGCAACUGAAUACAAACGCUGCAAGGACAAAGAUUUGAGUAAAGCGGUAUGACUUCGAUCAGCAAAGCAAACCCAGAAAAUUUUGAUUGGACAGACUGUGAAGGACAGUAGAAUUUCUCUGAGUGGGGCAACCUCAGAGGUUUUCAAAUCGCGCGUUGAUGCAGCUAAAGAUCUUGGCAGGAUUCGAAGUUACUCUGAUGAAAAGAGAAGACUUUUGUCCAUUGCUGCAACAGAUUACUCAUAUUCAGUACUAGAAAAACUCUUCAAUUGUUCUUCGAAAAUGGUCACCGCCGCAAGGGUACAUUGCAUUUUAUUUGGACGUGGGGGUGUCCCCAUGGACAAAUUCAAAUUUACCCGUCAAUGUGUUAGUUCCGAAGUGUUAAAGGAACUUUGCGAAUUUCUCCAUAGAGAUGAUAUAUCAAGGCCAUCGUCAUGCCGGAGUGUCUUGGUUGAAGGUGAGGAGACAGCUGUGAGGUACUGGCAAGAUACAGUCAAGGGACUUAUUAACCAGUACCUUCUGGAAUUCCCUAAUGGAGUGAAAAGGACCUACAUUUACACACACCUGCCAAUUAAUUUUCGAAUGAACACCAUGUUGGCAGGUCUGUGUAACUUGUGUGAUGAUUUUGGAUACUCCAAUUUUGAUGAACUCUGUGCUAUCAUCUCCGAGGUGUCAUCCAGUUGCUCUGAUGUCAAUGCAUCAGCCCUCUCCAAGGAUGUGAGACGCUAUCAGAAAUUUUUGAAGACAACAUUCCCUAAACUUGCUCAUAAGCAUUCUCCUUGCCUCGAACUUUGCUUGUCACAUGCGUUUGAUUCCUGUUCAGAAGAGCACAGCUCAGUUCUAACUGACAUUUCUCUAAUUUAUGAUGUGCAUAGUUCCCUUAUGCAAUCAAUUGAGUCCAUGAGUGAUGUUUCUGCCAAGGAUGAUUUAAAAGCCAGACUAGAAGAAGUGUAUAAGGUGCACUUUGACUAUUUGGGUCACCUUCUUCGUACCAAACAUCAAGGUGACUACUACAAAUUUGUUUUGAAGAAUUUGAAGCCUGGAGAGUGCGUUAUGGUCAUUGACUAUAAGAUGAAAUUGGAACUUGGGAAAAGGACCCGUGAGAUUCAGCGUGAUUGGUAUGGGAAGAGGGGGAUAUCACUGCAUGGGUGUUACAUUGUUGCACAGAUUGGAGAAAACGAAAAAAACUGUGAGGUGUUUGACUUGUGGUCAGAAGAUACCAAACAAGAUGCCUUCUUUACCCAAAGUGCAUUAGAUGUCUGUUUUACGUGGCUUGAGAGGGCCUUCCCAGGAUUCUCUGUUUAUCUAUUUUCUGGUAUGUGUGCAAUUUAUUUCCACUACAUGUUACAUUCAUACACUAUAAAUUAAAUAGUGAAAUGUUACAUACACUAUAUAUAUGUUGUAAUUUCAUUUUUUCACUGGUUUAUUUUUCACCUUUCUUUGAUAUAUUUAUUAAAAUAUAUUAAACAAAAAACACAGAGAAAAUAAGGGAAAAUAAAAGUUGAACCAAGGAUAAAAUUGAACUACAACAUAUAGUGUUUUCACUCACUUGACCAGCAGCUGUGUAACUUUAUUGGAACAAAGGAAAGUGUUUACAUGAGAGAAGAGUUCAAUUCCCCGUGAUUAGUGUGGGACACUAUCUUGACUGCCGUCUCAUUGUUUUGAGACACCUAUAUGGCCGCCAUGACAUCACGUUAAAACGCUCUAUACAUGUACAUACUGUACGUAAAACCUGAUCCAGAUACUUCAGUGAUCUUAAGGGAUAGGCACUACUCUUGCAAUCUGUCACCAGCUCAUGGGCUUCCAGAAACAUUUAAGAGCCAUUAUCUGAGAAAAUCGAGAAUCGCACGACACUCGUCAAAAAAUCGAAUUUUUUUUUAUUUUGCCAAAACAUCCCUUUUAGUGACCUUAUUUCAGGAAAAAUAGUUUUGGGUUCAAACGAUUCAUUUUAAAGGAGAAAUUAGGAAAAGUUUGAAAAAUCGAUUUUAUGCUCGUUUUUCGCACAAAACACGGCAGGAUGCAAUGGCAACUUCGAGAGAAGGGUGAACGCGUAAGAAACAUUCCCUGACAUUGAAACUUCACCGAAUUAUUAUUUUGUUCUUACUCUUGAAAAUCCUAAAAGAAAAUUUGAUAAACAAUGCGUUACAUUUCUAUAAUCGACAAGUGUAAAGAGGUCAUAUUUGUGACGUUAGACGUGCUAGAAAAUGAAGGCCAACUUUGACUAUUAAAAAAGGCCUCUGGUAUAUGCCGCUUGAUCAUAAAAUCAAUAUAAAAUGGAACCUUGGCUUUUGUACUAACUUACUGGAAAGUUUUAGCUCUGGAAAUCAAAUAUCAUCCUGACACCAAAGCAAGCGGUGAGAGCAAUUGAAUUGGGAAAUUUAUGCAAAUUAGACGGCUUGCAGACGGUUGUCAAACUAAAAGAAAGGUUUUACAUGAAAGGAUUACUCACCAUUGCUUGUAACACGUUUUCACGGCAAGGAAAGUUAUUUCCAACUUCUGUUGCGUCGUUUUGAGUCACAAUAUAAUUUUUAGCCAAAAGACAAACGUACGUUUGCUCAGCAACUGCGUCCGAAUCCGGCCGUGAAUCGAAAUAAAGUCACAACACGUCGAAGCAAGAGUUACAAGAGUUUAUACUUCAGUCAGGAGGCAAAAGGAAUAAAAAUUCAUCGCAAACUAAUGACUUCGAUUUUGAAAACCUUUCAUCACUUCAAUCGUUCGUCGGCUGAUAAUAAACAUCGCAUAAGAUCGUAUGACCUUUGGUGUGACCGGAAAUUGGUCACACGCUUUAGUCACGUCAGCAUGCUGUCACGAAAUUUUCGUAGCUGUUGUCAGCAAUUUUAAUACAGUUUUCACAUUUUUUGACAAGAAAUCGUCUCAUCGCAGUAGAAACCUCCAUGCAUAUUUAUUUUUCUUUUAUUUACCUACUAGGCUUUGAAACAGCUUUUUGCCUUGAAGUACUAAACAGGAGGGGUACCUCGGAUUCCAAGUGUCGUGAGUGAUCCGUGGAAGCGAAAAUUAAGACCAAAAAAGAACGAAUAUUUUGAAUACUUAAGUAAAGCCACAGCUAAAAAUUAAAAAUUUGUUCAAAAUAUUUUCAAACCAAGAAAAAAACAUACUUCGAUCAUCCCGUGACUUGGAAUCUGGCCAGAGUACCCCCUCCCCUUCCCCCUCCCCUCCUCCCCUAUGCCGGGUCAAAAUACUAAGUUCCCCGACCCAUUGUCCCAUAGUCAACGGAGUAUACUCUCUUGCUGUAGUAAAGAACUUGCAGAAUAAUACCAAUUCUCCGUGGCCAACGGACUCAACGCUAUAGUUCACUUUGGUUUUGCUUGUUGAUUUUUUUCGCUAUUUGCUCACGAUCAGGGCCUAUAACCCCAAUCAGGACCAAAUUAUGAAACCUGUUAUUACCAGAAAAAAAAAAACAAAAAAAGAAACAGUCAGUCAGAUAGACAGUACAUAAUUAAAAAGACCUCGACUAAGAUUAAAAAAAAUCAAUACAUGACACUGUCGAAUACGAAAACCCCAGAAACCAUUUUGUGGAAAAAAGGUUCGCAUACAGCUAUCAGCUGCUUUUGUCCACAACUCGCCGGGUAGAGGUCUUGAAAACUAGUGAUUGUGAAAUGGCUUCAAACUAUGAUCCUAUACUGUUGGAAUAUUACUUAUCACAGAAAGCUACACCUGAUUUCUUCUAGCAGACCCAAUCCUCUCGGUUCGGGGGGACAAAGUAGCUCAUCCCGGCUAUUUGCACCAUGCUACCAUAGUCUCCCUAGAUUCCCAAGCCUCGCAAGAAGACCUUCCUGUCCCACGAACGUUGGGUAGGUUUGUAGGACGAGCCAAAAGAAAGUGAAGGCUAUAGGCUCUCGCGAUGAUGCAAGGAAGGUCGAGUAUUAUAUUCCCCUAUCCUGGUCGCCCAGGGUAAGUCUGCGGAGGAGAGUGACUGAGGGGCUGUAUGUUCGAAAAGUUGACUAACGCCCCCGGGACUAACGCUUUCCCCUGGAUAAAUCUAUAUCCAAUAAGUAACGCAAUUGCUUCUUCUUAUUCGCUUGAUAGUGAUUUCCUGUUGUUCAACGUUUGAACAACAGGGCCCUAAGUAUUGUGUUUCGUCUUGCACUAAAAACCCAUAAACCUUAUAAAUUUCACUAUGGGACUUCAGCACCUCCCUUGAAUGAUCCAUUUCGCUAAACGGGACCUCAAAACAAUGAUUCUGUGUAUCCUAAGGGAGUGUAUACUAUACUUUCCUGGCUCUCGUCACUCACAGUGAGGUGAUGGUGGCUUAUACUCUAAUAGACCUAACACAGUCGAACCUCCAUGUGCGACCGCCAAUCCAAAAGACCAAAUUUUCCCAGUCAAAGCCUUACAGUUGGAACCUCCAGUAAGUGACUGCGACCACUUUUUGGGCGUCACGGUUAAUUGUUUUCCAUGAGCGACCAGCUGACGCAUUCUCUGCUCUCUAUUUUUGCUGUGUGCACUAUGUUCCUUAGAAAAUAUGAAGACCUUUAGUGACAUCGUGGAACUACAAAUAUCCUAACUUAGUAGAUGUAGCCAACAAAGUGAAGAUACUGUUGUGAUUCUAGACUAUUCUAUAUCUCACUCACCUGAAUCUCUCUUUAAAUUGAGCAUGAUUUAAAAGCUGUAUUUGUCAAAAGAGGUAAAAGAUAAUAUUUUGCCAGGAAUUUGUUACACCGCCAUUUAAUAGAAUGUGCCUGGACCUCUUCUCGGAAUAGACCCCAUGUGGUCCGAUUCUUCUAAACGACCACCUCCCGUUAGGGACCACUAAGUCUUUGCAUUUUUGGUGGUCGCUUACUGGAGGUACGACUGUAUUACUUUGACCUAUCAGAGGCUUACCGAUAAUAAAGAGGAUCUGGAAGGGGGCAUGGAUGCGACAAUCACAUGCAAGGUGACUUACUUAAAAUAGUAGACAUCUAACUGACAAUCAAAGUUUGUGCUUAUUAUUGGGGUUAUCUGGUGUUUACUCACCUCCCAAGCUACCCUGGGCGAGCCAACUUUUCCUCCAUUUCCUUACAAAACCUGCCAAGCCAUUUACAUGAGAAACAAAAGGUUGGUUCGGAUAGACGCCUUACUACCAGUAGUGGGCGGGGUUGAGGGCUUCCGGAAGUCAGCCCUCCACUGAGCCGGUAGUGGUGGCCUCACCCUUCUAGCCCGGCUAAUAUUUCUCCACUUUGGCUCGCCCAGCUAGCUGGGACAACACGGUCAAGGCUAGACAAAGACAGCAUGCGCAAGCACUGUUGACUCGGACAAAGUGGUCAGUUUUUUCCUCAUAUAAACACUCGCAAAAGUUGGCUCGGCGGGAAGGUUGACCUUCUCUCCGGAACAGCUUUUCUCCAUCCAUGGGUUCCAAACAGUCUUUUAGCAGUCACGUUUGAAAUUUAUAGGAAAAGGACGUAGCACUUCAAAAAAUAAUAGUAAUAAAAAAUACACUUUUUUCACAGCCUGUCAAUGCCUAGAAGGUGUCUAUAAAAGAAAUCAAUUGCAGAACAGGAGUCAAUUUCAGUUUUUUGCGCUUUUCACGCUAGCACUGCGAAGCGGACUGGGGGCGCGAGACACGCGCGAUGCAUGGGGAACAAGUUCUGCAGGCUAUCAAAGAAAUUAAAAAAUAAAUAAAUAAAGCAGGCCUGAUUUUAUUGAGAUGAGUCUAUUUUUUGUCGAAAGCAAACGUGAAAAAUCGUAUUAAAAUUCGUGACAGUAUGCUAACGUGACUUAAGCGUGUGACCGAUUUCCGGUCACACGCCAAAGGUCAUACGAUCUUGUGCGAUGUUUAUUAUCAGCCGGCAAACGAUCGAAGUGAUGAAAGGUUUUCAAAAUCGAAGUCAUUAGUUUGCGAUGAAUUUUCAAUCUUUUGGCCUCUUGACUGAAGUAAAAACUCUUGCAACUCUUGCUUCUAAGGGACCGCAGUGACGUGUUGUGACUUCAUUUCGAUUCACGGCCGGAUUCUGGCGCUGUCGCUGAGCAAACGUACGUUUGUCUUUUGGACCUUUUGGCUUAAAAUUAUGGAUUUUGUGACUCAAACCGACGCAACAGAAGUUGGAAAUAACUUUCCUUGCCGUAAAAACGUGUUACAAGCAAUGGUGAGUAAUCCUUUCAUGUAAAACCUUUAUUUUAGUUUGACAACCGUCCGCAAGCCGUCUAAUUUGCAUAAAUUUCCCAAUUCAAUUGCUCUCACCGCUUGCUUUGGUGUCAGGAUGGUAUUUGAUUUCCAGAGCUAAAACUUUCCAGUAAGUUAGUACAAAAGCCAAGGUUCUAUUUUAUAUUGAUUUUAUGAUCAAGCGGCAUAUACCAGAGGCCUUUUUUAAUAGUCAAAGUUGGCCUUCAUUUUCUAGCACGUCUAACGUCACAAAUAUGACCUCUUUACACUUGUCGAUUAUAAAAAUAUAAGACAUUGUUUUUCAAAUUUUCUUUUAAGGUUUUCAAGAGUAAGAACAAAAUAAUAAUUCGGUGAAGUUUCAGUGUCAGGGAAUGUUUCUUACGCGUUCACCCUUCUCUCGAAGUUGCCAUUGCAUCCUGCCGUGUUUUGUUCGAAAAACAGGAAUAAAAUCGAUUUUUCAAACUUUUUUUAAUUUCUGCUUUAAAAUGAAUCGUUUGAACCCAAAACUAUUUUUCCUUAAAUUAGGUCACUAAAAGGGAUGUUUUGGCAAAAUAAUAAAAAAUUCGAUUUUUUGACGAGUGUCUUGCGAUUCUCGAUUUUCUCAGAAAAUGGCUCUUAAACAUUUAACUUAAAAGUUAACUGGGUUUUGAAAAGAGCUCUCAAGGCUUAUGGGAGUAAAUUUUGAACAACAAGAAUAAGGCACAUUUGGCUCUUUGUUUAGGUUAAAUACAUUCUAACAAUCACGUGUGGAAAGACGCCAGUUGCAGAACUGCAUUGUCAGGUUUUCUUCGUUUGUUAUAACGAUCUAAUACUGCAUUUAUUUUUUUAUUUCUCUUCAUGUAUAUAUUUUAAUGCCAGGAAGAUCAACAUCUAAUUCCACUUUCAAAUACGUUAUUAUUUUUAUAAUGCAAUAAAAAUGAUUCUAACACUUAUUAUACAUUAUAUCCACAGACAAUGGUCCUCAUUAUCAUAACACUGCAGUUCUAACAUACCUAAGUGAGGUUAAUGAAGUAUUCAACUUGAGCUUGUUGGAAUACAACAACUUUGAAGCUGGGGAAGGGAAGACGUCUCUUGACACCCACUUUGCCCACAUAUCCCACAAAAUUGUGUGAUAUGUUCGCCUGGGCAAUGAUCUGGAAACUGGAGAGGAGCUUGGACAGCUUGUGCAGGUAAAUUCAAUGCAGUUAAGAACAUAUAGUGAAUAUGGCUUCUGAUGUUUUGCUACACUGUAUGCACAUAUUUCAUUAAUUUUUUUAAUACUUGAGCAGCAUAUUUAUUUUCAUAAAUAAUCAAAAAUGGAACUUAGGUUUUUGCCUGGGGGGGGGACUCCCAUAUGAAACAGACGGGGAUCCUCGUCGUCUCGCUUAGGGGUGUAAAUUUUGGAUUUUGGUCUCGCUUAGGGUGUUCCGGGCAAAGCGUCAAUAUUUUAAGUCGCAAGGUCUUGUUUGGGGUUCUGCGAAGAAACACAGAAUUACGGGAAGAGAAACAGAAAUCAAAUUUUCUUUUCAGCGGUCUCUUUUAGGGGUCAAAAUUUGCUUAAGCCACGCCCAGAUUGGUCUCCUUUAGGGGUUAAAUUCAAAAUUUCCGACGAGCAUCCCCGUCUGUUUCAUAUGGGAGUCCCCCCCCCGGGGGUUUUUGCUGGCAUUACACAGGUAUUGUAGUGAUUCACUUUAGGAGCCUCCUUGUAAUAUUUGGUCACUCUAAAAAGCUCCUUAAUAUAAAAUAGGCACAUAUCCUUAUUUAGGGCCCAAUAAGCACUGUCCCUAAGUUGAGCAACCCAAAUUCAAUGCCCCCUCUAUCCAAUUCAAAAUAAUUUAUAACAAAAAGUACACAGGCUGAAUAAUGAUGACAUAGCAGAGAAAAAUGGUAAACAUAACUCAAAGUAAGGGGUGACUGUCCCCAGGUGAUGAUAGAUACACCUUUUUGAGUAAAGGAACAAAAGUAUAUUAGUCAGCUUUGAUAUACACAGCACAUUGUUAUUUUUUUUUCUUUUUUCUUUCUUUUUGAAAUAGAGCAUGAAGAAUGUAUCGUGUUUCCAGUUGUCCACCGAAAGAAGUAGAGCUCCUAAGAAAAUGGGCACCUUCAAGGAUAUUUCCUUAUUUGGGAACUUCAUAUUUCCUCUUCAACGAGAAUUUGCUGGGGGCAUCAUCGCACAUUCCUUGGCUGGUAUUGGCAAAGUUGUCAAAAAGACAAAGGCUCAGAUUCAAAAGAUCACUACAAGAAAUUCCCCCAUGGCUGGCUCAACAGGCUCUUCCAUCUCUUCGCAAUUACCAGUACCACAAACCAGAGAAGAGGGCUUACAAAGUCUCUCCAGCCAGGAUGUAUAUAGUGUACGUUUUAUAAACCAUGCACCUGAGCCACUACAGUCCCCAUCCUUUUUUCCGAGUGGAAGGAUUACCACAAAUCUGCAGCCAUCUAAUGGAUAUGCUUUAAAGAAAUCCUCUGGUAAGAGAGUAAUUUUCUCCUUGGCUCAAAAAGAAAUAAUGAUAUCUUUUUACAACCGACAAGCAUCAAGUGGUGUCAGAGCCGAUCCAAAAGAUGUCAUUGCAUGUAUGAGAGACCGGGGUGUAGAAGUCCUUAAAGAGACACAAAUCCGCAGCUGGUGGAGUACCUACCAUCAGAAAAGGAAACAAACUUUGAAUGUCUUGCAAGAGGAAGCAUGUCAUUUGCAAAGGAGUAAUCCGUCUCCAAGCAUCCCUGGCUCGACCACUCCUGUGUCUGUCCAUGGCUCGACAGUACCUGUACAGCAGCCCACUCCUGUUUCUGUCCCUCGCUCAACAGUUUCUGUACAGCAGCCCACUCCUGUUUCCAUCCCUGGCUCGACAGUUCCUGUACAGCAGCCCACUCCUGUUUCCGUCCCUGGCUCAACAGUUCCUGUACAGCAGCCCACUCCUGUUUCCGUCCCUGGCUCAACAGUUCCUGUACAGGAACUCACUCCUGUUUCCGUCCCUGGCUCAACAGUUCCUGUACAGCAGCCCACUCCUGUUUCCGUCCCUGGCUUGACAGUUCCUGUACAGCAGCCCACCCCCAUUUCCGUCCCUGGCUUGACAGUUCCCGUACAGCACCCCACUCCUGUCUCUGUCCCUGGCUCGACAGUUCCUGUACAGCAGCCCGCUCCUGUGUCUGUCCCUGGCUCGACAACAUCUGUACAGCAGCCCACUCCUGUGCCUAGACGGCAGCCUAACCCUGUGUGUGCCCAUACCUCAACAGUUCCUACCACUGUGUCCCAGUCAACUAUACAGCCUACCCUGGUUCUAAACAACACUUCACGUUCUGCUACAGCCCCCUUUGGUGUAAUUACAGGGUACACAGUUCCCGGCUUAACAGACAUAUUACAGUGGACCUUCCCAGCAGACUUCUGCCAGUCAACUUUAGGAGGAAGAAGUGGCAGUAAUGCUUGUACUUUCAUUGCCUUGUACUUUGGACACCUCUACCUCCAUUGGAAGUUGCCACCUCCACUCCACAGUGUUCUUUCAAUGGAGUGGAAGUCUGCACUGUACAAAGCAAUGAAAAAGGGAAAUAAAAUUCAUGAUGAAUUGUGCGAAGGAGAGGGAGUGGAUGUGGCCGUGGAAGAUGCUGUGGAAAUGGCAGGGACAGAAUGCUUUGUUCAGUACAUAGGACAAGGUCUUGAUCUUAUUGGAAGCGACUGCGAAGAUCAAUUGGCAGAAGUAAUGGAAAUGUUGAGUACGUCUACCCCACCAUCCAGUUGCAAUGUGGUGGUCACUAGAGGGAGAAGUUUCCUUUUUAUUGUAAAUAAAGAUCGAUCAUGUAUGAUAGUGGACUCACAUAGGCAUGUAAACGUAGGAGCAAUGAUUGCUUAUUGCCCUUCAAAGUGUACAAGGAUGUUAGCCAAGUGGGUCAGAACUAUGUUCCGAGAGACAUGGCAAUGCGCUUUGAGAGCCUGUUCUGUCACUCCCAUUUUCUAUAGUACUGUAUAA